GUAGCAGGGUCAUGAAGAAGAGGCGGCGGCGGGAGAUCGGAGGCGGCGGCGGGGGAGUAAAACUGCGGUAGCUGCCCGCUGGGCUGUUGGUGUGGCUUUGUGGGAAGGGCGUAGUUCCUAAAGCCCUCUCCAGGCAGCGGUCGGGGCUCGGGGUUGAGAGCGGCCGUGGGGUCGCCUCCCCGGGCCCCCUGGCUCCGCCAUGUUCCGCAGGGCACGCCUUAGCGUGAAGCCCAAUGUCAGGCCUGGAGCAGGCGCCAGGGGCUCCACCGCCCCCAAUCCACAGCGUGAACGAGAGGCUCCCAGGCCGCCGGAGCCUGCAGCGGCCUCUGUCCCAAAGCCAGCGGAAUCCACAGAUGUUCCCCCGGUGGAUUGUGGGGAAAAGGAGCUCCAAGAAAAGACUCCCAAGAGCAGUGAUGAAAAGACUGAUGGUGGGAAGGAUGUUGAAGAAUCCAGUAAAUCUUCCUCUACUGUUUCACAGAGAAGAAAGCGAGUAUCAAGUACUUUUAGUCUGGUUAAACCUAGUGUCAGUGUUCCUUCAGAACCUCAUCCUUUAUCUACAGUUAAUCAAGAAGCUCCACAGCCAAACCCUGUUCCAACAAAAGAGAAACAGCCAUGCUCAGACAGAUACCGAAUAUAUAAAGCCCAGAAACUGAGAGAAAUGUUAAAAGAAGAAUUGAGGAAAGAGAAGAAGCAAUGGAAAAACAAAUAUGCUGUAAAUGAAAGUCAGAGGCCACCAGAUCGGUCCAAAAUGACUAUGAGAGACUUCAUAUAUUACCUGCCAAAUAACAAUCCAAUGACUUCUUCACUGGAACAAGAAAAGAAAACUGAAAAAUCAUUGACACCAGUCCAGACAAGAGAGCAAGAAGGUAAGAGUACUCCUGAUGGUGAAGAUAAUGAAGAAAUAGAAGAGGAGAUGGAUGAUGGGCCAUUGCUGGUUCCUCGAGUAAAAGUGGCAGAAGAUGGUUCUAUUAUUUUGGAUGAAGAAAGUUUAACUGUAGAAGUUUUAAGGACCAAAGGCCCCUGUGUUGUUGAGGAAAAUGACCCCAUAUUUGAGCGUGGUUCUACAACUACAUACUCCAGCUUUAGGAAAAACUAUUACUCUAAACCAUGGUCAAAUAAAGAAACAGAUAUGUUUUUCUUAGCCAUCAGCAUGGUAGGAACUGACUUUUCUAUGAUUGGACAGCUUUUUCCUCACAGAGCAAGGAUAGAAAUUAAGAAUAAAUUUAAACGUGAAGAGAAAACAAAUGGAUGGAGAAUAGACAAAGCAUUCCAGGAAAAGCGCCCUUUUGACUUCGAUUUUUUUGCUCAUUUGCUUCAGAAAGUUCUUGCUGAAGAAGAGAAAAGAAAACAAAAAUCUGUUAAAAAUCAGACUUUAAAGGAGAAGAAGUCCUGUAAAUCACGGAAAAAUGUAAAAGUGAAAAAAGUCUCCAGUGAAAGAGUGAAUGAUAAUCCAGAUGAGUCUGUGAGCACUAGAAUUUCAGACACAGAAGGAUCUCAAAAGGAUGCUCAGACAGUUGAAGAAGAACAGUCUCUGACUUUAUCAGGACAGGAUUCAGAACAGAAUGCAUUAGAACAAGAUAUAAAUCAAAAGAAAAGGAGAAGAAAGAAUCAGGAUGAAAGUAGUGAACAAGAGGUAAAUCUUUCAGGAAAUGCCACUGUUCAGCCAGGCUCUUCUAAAAGAGAAAACCACAAAAAUAAAUGCCUGUCUUUAAGUCCUGAGAUAAAUGAAGAUGAAAGCAAUAAGGAACAAAAGCUUCUCUGUGUACAGAACACAGAUGACAUUGUGGAUCUAUCCUCUAAUGAAAAGGCUGAGAAAAGAACUGACCCUGCUCUUUCACCAAGUAGUCAACAAGAUGCCGUAUCAGUAGCAACUGAGACUUCAGAAUCAAGCACUUCAUAUUUGCCUUCAUCAGAAGGUGGAAUUAGAGCAUUGUGUGAGGUGAAUAAUGCUGAGAGUAGUUGUACAGAAGAAGGAAAUGUUGACCUAAAAGAUAAAGCACUGGAAACUGAUCAAACAGAAAGUAUUAAACCGAAGACAAGAGGACGACUCCAGAGACCUAAACCCAAUUUAUCAAGGGCAGUUGGGAAGAAAUCAGUUCUUUCACAAGGGAAAACAGAUGCAGAGAACAAGAGUUUACAUACAGAAACUUCAGUUGAAAAGAAUCAUAUGGAAAAGGAUAAAAUGAAUACACUUGGUAUUUCUGCAAUGGAGAAUAAAGAGAAAGAGAAUCCAGAAGCUGACACUGCAUCUAAUUUGAGUGAAAAAAUUUGUCUGCAGGAAGAUGAUCAACUAAAGGCUUUCAGACCUGCACGCCUAAUGAGGGGCUUAUUGCAAAGGCCAAAGCCAAAUGUAGGUAAAGCUGCUGAAAGAAAAGAAACUGUUACAUCACAGGAAAAAAUUGGGGCCAGUGUAGAAAAGAAUGAAAAUGAGUCCUGUAUCGAUAGAGAUACUCCUGAACAAAUAGAAGAUCAGGCAUUUAAAAAUUUUGAUUGUGAAGACAUCACAUCACAAUCUGAAAAAAAAGAUACUUCUUUUCAAAAUGUGCAGUCAGAUGAGCCCAAGGUGCUUAAUGAAUGUCUGAGUAUUCAAGAGGAUAAUAAAGCAAAUAAACAAGUUCAAAUUCUGAAGACUCGAUUUCAGAAACCAAAGCCAAAUAUAAGAAGAAGAACUGGAAGAAGAGAAAUUUUCUCAAAGGAAGAAGAGGUACCAAAGGAGGUUCUUGCCUCUGAGGAGAUGACAACAGCUUUGAGAGAAACUGCAAGAUUGGAAACCUCACCAAGGGAAAAGGUACCUGUGGAGACUAACACUGCUAAGGAAAUGGAGUCAGAUUUAAAAGAAACUGAAAGGAAAGAUAUCUCUCCCAGGGAGAAAAUACCAGAAAUGAUUGAUGUCACUGUGGAAAUGGAGACAGAUUUGAGAGAGACUGGAAGAGAGAUUUUCCCAAGGGAGAAGAUAACAAAGGUGACUGAUGCCACUGAGGAAAGAGAGACAGAUUUGGAAGAGACUGAACGAAGAGAAAUAUCCCUACAGGAAAAUGCCCCAGAGGAGGUCGAUACUAUUGGUGAAGUGAAGGCAGGUUUGAAAGAAACUGGAAGAGAGAUUUCCCCGAGGGAGAAGAUACCGGAGAUGAUUGAUGCCGCUGAGGAAGUAGAGACAGAUUUAGAAGAAACUGAAAGAAGAGAAAUACCUACACAAGAAAAGACCUCAGAGCUCAAAACUAUAGAUGAUGAAAUGGAGACAGAUUUGAACAAAAUUGGAAUAGAAAUUUCCCCAAGGGAAAAGGUACUAGUGGGGAUCAGUGCCACAGGGGAAAGGGAGAUUGAUUUGGAAGAAACUGGAAAAAGAGACAUUUCCCUGAUGGAAAAGGUAUCAGGAAAGAUGACUGCCAUUGAGGAAACAGAGGCAGAUUUGAAAGAAACUGGAAGAGAAAUUUCCUUUAGGAAAAGCCGAUCAGAAGAGAUCAGUGCUUCUGAGGAAAAGGUGGCAGAUUUGGAAAAAACUGGAAAAAUAGACAUUUCUCUAAGGGAAAAUGAACCAGAGGAGACUGGGACCUCAAGACAAACUGAGACAGAUUCAUUGCAGAGGGGUAGUAGUGACUGCAGUGCUGUGCCUUCACUAAAUAUUAAAGACAUUAGCAGUGAAGUACAAUCCGUGGUGGAUGUAUCUGUAGAAGAAAAAAGAAAUUCUGAAAAGGAAAUAUCAAGUCAGUUGAGUCAUUUGAACAUUUCUUCGCAGACUUCUGAACUUGAUAAAACAGAAGACCAGAGGAUGCCAUCUCCAGAUGUUCCAGAGCAGUUUUCAGAUAUUAAUUUAAGCAAAUCUCUUCCUCAAGAACAGAAGCCAUUUGAAGUGAAACCAGCACCUUUUGUGAGAAGUAGAUUCAAAAGACCAAAACCAAACUUAGCAAGAGCAGCUUCAAAAAGAGAGACUAUAGAAGCAGAAAAACAUGCACCUGGGAAGAAAGUGGAAGCUGAUAAAAAAGGGACUGUUGUGAUACAGCAGAAUGGGGAACAAAUGAGAACUCUCCCUUCUCAACGUGAUGUGGCUUCCCUAAUGGCAUCAACAGAAAAAGACAAAUCAGAUCACAGUCAAGAGGAGGCUGUGAUAUUACCAUAUGUACAGACUGAAAAGGACCUUUCCCCUUCGAGCUCUUGUGAACCUAUAGAGGAGUCUCAGUCUACACAAGCCCAGGAAAAGGAAUUAGUUGUCUCUAUGGGGACUUAUCAUACAAACACUUGCGAACAAGAAAUGAAGGAAAGCGCUAUCCAAACUGCUCCACCAGUAAGGGGCCGACUUCAGAGACCCAGUCCAAACUUAAGAAAGGUUGGACAGAGGCAAGUAAUAGAAAAAAAUGAAGCCAAAGAAACAAUUAAGGAAGAAAGGACACUACAAAAAGAUGAAACUAAAAAAUUCCUGACUGUGCCAAAUUCUCAAAUUGCAAUGGAAAUUGAAGUUGUAUCCUCCAAAGUUUCAGAAGGCAGAAUGUAUGAAAACCAGAGUCACGUUCUUUUAGAAAACCUUCAUGUUAACAAAAUAAAUGUUUCAGAUGAAAAGACGAGACAUGAACAUAAAACAUAUGUUUCUAGUCCACCACAAAUGAUAAGAAGCCAAUUCCAAAAGGCUAAGCCAAAUUUGGGAAGAGCACAAGGUAAGAAAGAGGAAUCAGGCAUAGGAACAGACAGAGCAGAUCAGAGUAAGGCAAGGAAGCCAGAAGAUAAUUUGCUGCAGCAUGGAGAUUCUGACACCCAGCUUCUUCCAAAAGGAAAAGCUGAGUUUCUUACAUCUCUGGAGAUUUCAGCAAGAAAAGGUUCUGUAGGUUUCAAGGAGAUUGGUUUGGCAAAAAAAGAUGCUCAAUCAGAAGUUGGACCAUCAGGAAGUGUUGGAGAGAAAACCGUAGGCAAUAAUUCUGUGUGUUCAGUUGUCGAAGAGCAGUAUGUCAGUAAACCAGCAAGCUCUCCACAACUGCUAAAAGAAUCAAAUUAUUCUAAAAUUGCUGUGGAUCGAAGAACAGCUCUCUCUUCUGCCUCUGAAUGUAAGAUAGAUCGUAGUGAAAGGAGAAUGCGUCGAAAGAUUAAACCAAACGUCCCCAAAGGGCGUGGAUCAAAACGAAUUCGGAGUAAGGCCUCUAAAAAGGAACCUAGAGCUUCUAAGCCUGUGCUGGUGACUCUUCGAGCUUCCCAGGAAGAAGACGAAGAUGAUGCGGAAGACUUUGAGUCUGACUAUGAAGAAGAAAGCUAUCAUCUUGCUCCAGAAGAAGUAAACAAAGCUCCAGUGUUUGUACCUGUUGGUCUCAGAUCUCCUGAACCGGUUUCUGCUCAGAUUGAAGAAACCAUGGAAGAGCUUGAAAUACCCAUGAAUAUCCCAGAUGUAGGAUGCAUAGCUGUUGUUGAACAUCAGCUCUCAUCAAACAUAGAUUUGACUACUGAGGAAAUGAAACAAGAAGAAAAUCUGAAUGCAUUAUCAGUUGAAAUGACCACAGGUGAACAUUCCCAAGCUGAAACAGGUACCAACGAUGGAAGCACUGAAGCUGCCAUAACUUUACUUACAAUGGGAGGUCUGGUGUUGCAGUCAGAGAUCAGUACAGAACAGAGUGAUGGAGUAUGUGUACUUCCUGAUGUUCAUUCAAGCGAUAAAAGCCAUAUUCCUUUUUGCCCAGAUAAUACAAAUCUCAAAAUUGUUCAUGAAUGUCAGGAACCUUCUUCACCUAUCCGUAGUGCAUCUCCAUCAGUAGAAGAAAACAAGAUUAUAUUGGAUGAACAAAGUACUAAAGAAGAAAUUGGUUUAAUGGAAGAAGUAAAGGAAAACUCUAUAUCAUCCAGGACAACUUCAGAAGUGACCAAUAAUUUGAGAAUGAGAAGUAGAUUUGCCAAGCCUAAGCCAAAUCUUAAGAAAAUUUUAGGGACCAGCAGGUUUGGUGCUCAUCGGGAAGUUCCCAGUUUGUUUGUAACUAAAGAAGUGGAAAUUCAAAGAGAAACUGAGAAAAAUGCUUCUAAAGGGAGAGAAUUAGAAGAUAAAAACCUUGAAUCAGUUACAACAGCAGAGAGUAAGGAGCAGAGCAAAUUGGCAUCUGUACACGGUAUUGAAGAAACCAGUAUUUCACAAGAAGCACGCCUAACUGGAAGAGAUGAAGAUGAAGAAGGGAGGUCUGCAGAGGUUCAGCUGUCUUCAGUUGCUCCUGUUGUUUCCUCUGAGUCAAGGCCCCACACACUUGAUUUGGGUGUGGGUCUUGGUGAGAGUUCUGUCGAAGAGCCCCUGGGAAAGGACUCUAACGGAGACAGUGUGCUUAUACUUCAUGUGCCAGAGUGUAGUAUUCCAGAAGUCCAACAAGAGAAUAUAAACAAUCCUCAAGACCUAACAGUUGCUAAUGUACAUCAAGAAGGUGAGGAUGAACAAGCAUUCAUUUUAACUCUGGUGGAAAUCCCAACCAAUGCAGUAGAAGAAUUUGCUGAUACCACUAUGCAGUUAAUGCCAAACCCUUUACUGCCAGCCCCCAUAUUGGUCAAAUCAGUGAAUACAGAAGAAAGGGGGGACAUGAGUAUCAGUUUUCCAGUAACUUCAGCUGGUCAGGAUGACAUGUGUUUAUCUAAUUCUGGAAGAGAUGAUUCCGAAAAGCCUCCUGCUAAUUUGGAUCUUGUAUCUAGGAAGAGAUUUCAUUGUAGGCUUGACGAAAGUGACCAUGUUCCUCCUGCCAAAAAAAGUUCACUCACUUUAAGAGAUGAUUGUCAAAAAUAUACCUCUGAGGUGUGUUCAAAGGAAUUAAUAAAUGUUUUGGAGAAAACAGGAGAGUCUUACAAGGGACGAGGUAUCUUCCCUACCUCAGGAAACACACAUACAAUUCCAGAACCUCAGAAAGAGCAACUUGAACCAACUUUUCAGAGUAUCAGAUCUAAACCUCUUGAUAAAAUAACAGAUACACAAGAAAAGAAUACAUCUCAGUUACCUCAGGAUGAGAUAGGGGUGUCUGAUAAGGAAAAAAGAACUUGUGCUGCUUCUAAGUCUGAACAAAUGGAUAGCAUCACAUCGUCUUCAAAAACCCCACUAUCCAGACCUGGCAGAAGACCCCUGGGAUUUUUGUCUUUAAUAUGUUCAAAGAAUAGUUUGGAGUCUGAUGAACCUACUCAGGUUCGUAGCAAGAAACGCCUGAAACCUCUUAUACCUGUAUCAAGACAGAAUCUGAAAAGAUCUAAUCCGCUCAAUACAAGCCAGAAAAAAACUCAAGAGUCCUCUGAUCUUCCAUCUCCAAGUGUUGUUGUUAAUACUCAACCUAAAAAUAUUGAUAGUUCAGCAACUCAGGUUUCUUGUAAUCAUCCCUUACCGAAAGGAGAAUGUAAAGAUGUCCAAAACCGGCUACCGGAAGAGGAGCCAAUGACAGUCUCUGAAUAUUUCUUUAGUGAUAUCUUUAUUGAAGUGGAUGAAACAGAAUAAAAGUCUUCUCUUUUUUUCUUUUAUUUUUUCUAAGGCUAGGAUUUCCACAGUCAGUUAUAUCAACAAAGCAGUAUCUAGCAAAAAGCCUCACUGGCAAUUUUUCUUUAGGUUGAUUUUGAAUAUUUAAUAGGCUUGAUUUGAAGCUUUUGUAAUCAGUGAAAAACAUUGCUGAGGUUCCUUUCCUUCUGAUUGAUUCAGCAUUUUGGAAAUACCAAGCAAUUAAGACUGCUUUCUCAGACAGAAGUAACAGCUCUUGUUUACAUUUUGACUCUUCCUGUGUUGAAUACACAUGGACAUCUUGGAAUGUUGUGGAUAAAUGUCUCUGUAUAAAUCACAGUGCCGACGUAUUUGGAGAUGGAUUGUAGUUAACAUUUAGCAAACCUUUUGUGAAGGUUUUUUUCUGUUUGUUUAGUGUUUUUUGGUUUUGUUUUUUGUUUUUUUGGAUGGUGAAGGCCUUUUCAGUUGCCUCUAAGUGUGUGAAAGGAAAUUGUGAAACUCCACUUUAGUAUGGUAAAUGUUAAAAACUUUUCUAUUAUCAGCUAUUUGACUGAAAAAUGUGUAUUUUUCUAAUUCAUGUUGAUGUAACAUUAGUCCUAAUUGAAGAACUAGUAUUUAAACUUACUAUUUAUAAAGAUAAAACAUCAAAAAGCUUAUUUAUUUUUAAAUUCUUUAUUUAAAAGAAUAUUCAGUUUUAAUUAUUUUUACCCCUGAGAUUAUGGGUAAAGAAAGCAUUAACAAAUUUAUGUUUGUCUCCUUCCCCUCUUUAAUUUUAAAGGUAUUUAAAGUGAUAAAACUAAAUUGUUUGGAUAGUAUAUACUUUUUGAAUACAUUUUUUUCUCAUAGUUUAGUAUAUUGACUUUGUACUGUGAAUUUUUUGUUUUUCUUAUUUCUUGGAUAAUCUCAGGAUUUGUAUGGGAAAAAAAUCCUUAAAUUUAUUUAUGAGGCAAAUUUCCAUACAAAACUCCAUCUCCAUUACACACACAUAUGCUCACAUACACACAUUCCUUUUUUAAAAAACAAUUUCUUGGUAGUUUUUUUUUCCCCCCAUUAAAUUCUCCAUGAGGAACUAAGUACUUAGACCUUUAUGCACAGAACAUAAUUGUGAUGUUAAAAACAGAAAAUAAGAUAAUAAGACUUUAUUAAGUCAGUGAUUAUCAUCAAUAUGAAUUUAAGGGUUGGUUUUAAUUUUGAGAUUUUGUGAUUUACAUAGGUAAUUCUGUUACCCACCCAAGCAAAUCUUUGGUGGUUCAAAUUAAACUUCUGAAAGAACAGAUUUACUCUUUUAUUUGAAAAGCCUUCUGGGUUGAUUAGAUCAGGAGUCAGAAACAUUUUCUGGAAAAUAUUUUCGAGUUUGUGGGCCAGAUGCCCUCUGUGGUAACUACUCAACUCUGCCACUUCAGUAUGAAAACAGCUACAGGUAAUACUUAAAUGAUGGACAUGGAUGGGUUGGGUUUUUAGUUUGACCCAUACAUUAGACAGUAGUUUUCUUACCUUAAGGUGCCGAUGUCAUUACCUAUGAGAUAUUUGUCACUGGAGUUGUGAGUUGUGCCUAACACUUAAACCAUUGAUUGCAUUAUGAAAUCAGUAUUUCAGUUGGGAAGAUAUUUUAAUGUCUAAUUCUGUUUGUAAUUUGAAAAAAAUGGUGGCCAGUUUUCAAGUUCAUUAGUAAAAUUGGAUUUGGCUUGGCGAGUGUAACAGUAAUCCUAAUUUAUGAAAACAAUUGAUAUUAGAGCAUUUCUUAUUCAUUGCCUUAUAGUGAAAUUUGCAGUUUAAACUUUUUGUCAUAAAGGAGGAUCUAUAAGGAAAUUCUCUAUAGAUAUGCAUUUAUUUAUUUCAUGGGGUUAAUAUGUCACAGAAAUCACAGUAGCAAAUCACAUAGCUAUUUUAAUGCCCUGUUUUUAUAAAUUUUAAAAAUCUCAUAUUCUGAAAAGGCUUCUUUCAUUUAGUUCAUGUUAGUUUGGGUGUUUGGUUGUCAUAGCUAAACUAUUAUUUUAUCCCUUGUUUAAUAUUACUUUUUAACUUUGUUAACAUCUGUCUCUUGUUCAUCUACAAUGAGCUAAUUUUAUGGAAGAUGUAACUUCUUACUGUAUGAAGGAUAAUUUUGUCUUUGGGCAUUCAUUGUGUUAGAGAAUCAAGUCAGACAACUAAAUUAUCCUACUAUUAUGUCCUUAAAACUACUCUUGGAAAAAGAAACUUAAUCAGUGUAUUUACCUUACAAGGUGGAAAGACUUGUUCACACCUGUGUUUAAUCUGACUCAUGUAAAGAUGAUGUUGUGAAGAAUUUGUAUUUUAUAAAUCUUAAAAGAGAUAUGAUUAAAGGUCUUUAUUUUUUUCUUGACUUUUCCUCCUGAACACUUACGUCUUAGCAAGUGAUCAACAUGAUGGCUUCAAAGCCUAAUUGUUGGUAAAUGAUUGAGGCACAUAAAAAUAUGAAUAUCCACUGUUUACCACCAUGUUUUUUGAAAUAGAAGUGACCAUGUAUACUAUCUUGCUUGAAGAAGUCUUUGACAAAAAGCAAUAUCUGUCAUUGUAAAUUUUCUUGUUCUAAAGAAAGCAGUUAUAUUCUAUAGAUGUAAAUUAUGUAAAUAAAAGUUAUUUUAUAUUA